UAUUGAUCGCUCAGUUUGUAUUCGUCUACGUCAGAUUCAGUUCCUUUCUCUCUAUACAACUACAACAACUAAGCUUUCUCUCCCCUCCUCAACCAAAUCAAACCAAGAAAUACUCAUUCAAUUUCCUAAUUCUUUACCCUCUGGAUUCGAGAAUUUCUUUUUCUUUAUUUCCCUAUAAUUUUCAGUUAUUUUAAAUAGAUUUGACAGAUUAUUAUGGCAUUUGAUCUGGAAUCGUUAACAGAGGCAACAUCAGGUGCCAUUGGAGCACUAGUGAGCACAACCCUGUUGUACCCAUUAGAUACCUGCAAGACUAAGUACCAAGCCGAAGUUCGAGCUCAGAAUCAGCAGAAAUACAGGAACAUUUCUGAUGUUCUCUGGGAAGCAAUAUCUACCGGUCAGGUUAUUUCGUUGUACCAAGGUCUUGGGACAAAGAACCUGCAGUCUUUUAUUUCACAGUUUAUAUACUUCUAUGGAUACAACUUCUUUAAAAGGGUGUACUUGGAGAAAAGCGGAUCCAAAUCUAUGGGAACAAAAGCUAACCUGCUUAUUGCUGCUGCCGCUGGGGCUUGUACUGUCAUAGUGACCCAGCCUCUAGAUACAGUAUCAUCAAGGAUGCAAACAAUUGAAUUUGGGAAAUCCAAAGGACUCAUGGAAACCCUAUCGGAGGGGACUUGGAGUGAGUCCUUCGAUGGUCUUGGCAUAUCUCUGCUUCUGACGGCAAAUCCCUCUAUCCAGUAUACCUUCUUUGAUCAGCUGAAACAAAGACUUCUGAAGGGCCAGCUGAAUAGCAGAAAAGGUACAGUGUCAUCUCCAGAGGCCCUUUCUGCUCUUUCUGCUUUCAUGUUGGGUGCAGUCUCUAAGUGUAUUGCCACCUGCUUAACAUACCCAGCUAUAAGGUGUAAGGUGAUGAUUCAGGCCGCCGAAUCAGAUCAAGAUGAGAAUAAUGAAGCUCAACCAAAAAUGCCACGAACGCGAAAAACGGUGUCAGGUGCACUCUAUACCAUUUGGAAAAAGGAAGGCUUACUUGGUUUCUUUAAAGGAUUAAAGGCCCAGAUACUGAAGACUGUGCUAAGCUCAGCAUUGCUUUUGAUGAUAAAGGAGAAGAUCACAAAAGUCACAUGGGUUCUAAUUCUUGCACUUCAAAGAUAUCUGGUUCUAUCUCGGACCAGAUUAAAGAGCACUUGAAAGAUGAUGAUGAUAAAAAGUUUUGCAAGGUUUCCUUGUAAAUAAAGAUGCUCCAACCACCUUGAUGGGUUUUGUACCAAAUGCAAUAAGUGUGAUGGACAGUGGAGCCAAUUUUCAUUUAUAAGGAGAAUUUGAAUUGUAGUAGAGAUGUCUUCUUUAGUUCUAUUCCGUGUUGGGUAAAGUUUUGAUUUGAAUAAGAGUGUCAUAGUUUAGGCCUUAAGGAUUAUUAAAAACUAACUUAUUUGUAACCAUUGUGCUUCAUUUGAACCUGUACUAUCUAGCUCUACCGUUGAAACUAGGCUAUGCUUCCCAUUGUACUAGUGAGGACGUUUAUGCUAAGGCCACGGGCAAAUGUUGAGGCAAUGAAAAGGGUAUCCUCAAAAGCCCUUGAAUUUGGGGCUGCCUUAGAAUUUCA